AUGUUACUUAAAAUUUCAUCCAGAUUCUUAUACUUCGCUAUCUUCUCUUCAUUUCCUUUCACUGCUUCCCGCUUUCUUUCCCCAACUUCUAUCCCUCAUUCUCUUUCGCUAACUUUGUCUUUCUCCUUGCCUAUUGAUUCUUUUCUCGUCCGCUCUUUCUCUCUCUCUCUCUCUCUCUCUCUCUCUCUUUCUCAUUCCUUAUCGAUUCUCUUCUGUUACUCCUCUCUCUCUCUCUCUUUUGGAUUCUCUUUUUCCCUCUCUCUCUCUCUCUCUCUCUCUCUCUCUCUCUCUCUCACACACACACACACACACAUUCUCUAUGGAUUCUCUUCUGUCUCCUCUCUCUCUAUCUCUUUCUCCUCCUAUGUCGAUUCUCUUUUCUUCCUCCUCUGUCUCUCUCUUACCUUCUGUAUCAAUUCUCUUCUCUUCCCCACCUUCUCUUUCUCUGUCCAUUCCCUUCCUCUCUUUCCUCCCUUUCUCUCCCUUUCCUUCUCUUUCCUUCUCUAA